CCGCACCGCGCCCACGCCCCCGGCCCGGCCCGGCCGCCGCACCCCGCCCCGGCCGGCCCCUCUAGCAUGGUGCGGGGCCGCCGCCGCCUCGUCCUCCGGCUGCCGACAUGGGCGAGAGGCUGGAGCUGCGGCUGAAGUCGCCCGUGGGAGCCGAGCCCGCCGUGUACCCCUGGCCGCUGCCCGUCUACGACAAACACCACGAUGCUGCUCAUGAAAUCAUUGAGACAAUUCGGUGGGUCUGUGAAGAAAUCCCAGAUCUCAAGCUUGCCAUGGAAAACUAUGUUUUAAUUGACUAUGAUACAAAAAGCUUUGAGAGCAUGCAGAGACUGUGUGACAAGUACAACCGAGCCAUUGACAGCAUCCACCAGUUGUGGAAGGGGACCACGCAGCCCAUGAAGCUGAACACCCGUCCCUCCAACGGGCUCCUGAGGCACAUCCUGCAGCAGGUCUACAACCACUCGGUCACCGACCCCGAGAAACUCAACAACUACGAGCCCUUCUCGCCCGAGGUCUACGGAGAAACCUCCUUCGACUUGGUGGCCCAAAUGAUCGAUGAGAUUAAAAUGACAGAGGAUGAUUUGUUCGUUGACUUGGGCAGUGGUGUGGGGCAGGUGGUGCUUCAGGUGGCUGCAGCCACAAACUGCAAACAUCACUAUGGAGUGGAGAAAGCUGAUAUUCCAGCCAAGUAUGCUGAGACGAUGGACAGAGAGUUCAGAAAAUGGAUGAAGUGGUAUGGGAAGAAACAUGCAGAAUACACACUGGAGAGAGGUGACUUCCUCUCAGAAGAAUGGAGGGAGAGGAUUGCAAACACAAGUGUUAUUUUUGUGAAUAACUUUGCCUUCGGGCCCGAGGUGGAUCACCAGCUGAAGGAGCGCUUUGCCAACAUGAAGGAAGGUGGGAGAAUUGUGUCCUCAAAACCUUUUGCACCUCUAAAUUUUAGAAUUAACAGUCGAAACUUGAGUGAUAUUGGCACUAUCAUGAGGGUUGUGGAGCUGUCACCACUGAAGGGCUCUGUGUCCUGGACAGGGAAGCCAGUCUCCUACUACCUGCACACCAUUGACAGAACCAUACUUGAAAACUAUUUUUCUAGUCUCAAAAAUCCAAAACUCAGGGAGGAACAAGAGGCAGCUAGACGUCGUCAACAAAGAGAAAACAAAAGCAACACAACGACUCCAACCAAGGUCCAAGAAAACAAGGAUUCUGGUGCUGAAGAAGAAAAAGCUGCAGCAAAUUCUGUUAAAAAGCCAUCUCCCUCCAAGGCCAGGAAGAAGAAGCUGAGCAAGAAGGGCAGGAAAAUGGCGGGGAGGAAACGAGGGCGCCCCAAGAAAAUGAACACGGCGAGCACUGAGCGCAAGACCAAGAAGAACCAAACUGCACUAGAAAUUCUGCAUGCUCAGACUGUCUCCCAGACAUCCUCAUCCUCUCCUCAGGAUGCCUACAAGUCACCUCAUAGCCCAUUUUUCCAACUACCUCCUAAAGUGCAACGGCAUUCGUCCAACCAGCUCCUGGUGACACCCACCCCCCCUGCACUACAGAAGCUGCUAGACUCAUUUAAGAUCCAGUACCUGCAGUUCAUGGCAUACAUGAAAACUCCUCAGUACAAAGCAAGCCUGCAACAGUUACUGGAGCAGGAAAAGGAGAAGAAUGCUCAGCUGCUGGGGACAGCCCAGCAGUUGUUCACCCACUGCCAGGCCCAGAAGGAGGAAAUCAAGCGCCUGUUCCAGCAGAAGCUCGAUGAGCUGGGAGUUAAAGCUCUGACGUACAACGACCUGAUCCAGGCUCAGAAGGAAAUCUCUGCUCACAACCAGCAGCUGAAAGAACAGACAAAACAGCUGGAGAAGGACAACAGUGAACUCAGGAACCAGAGCUUGCAGCUGCUGAAGGCUCGCUGUGAGGAACUGAAGCUGGAUUGGUCAACGCUGUCACUGGAGAACUUGCUGAAAGAGAAGCAGGCCUUGAAGAAUCAGAUUUCUGAGAAGCAAAAGCACUGUUUGGAACUGCAGAUCAGCAUCGUGGAACUCGAGAAGAGUCAGCGGCAGCAGGAGCUGCUGCAGCUCAAGUCCUACACCCCCUCAGAGGAGCCCCUGCCAGUGCAGCUGCACAGCAAAAGCCACCUGAGCCGUGACCCUGAGGCUGAGCAGGGCAGGUUCCAGCUGGAGCUGGAGUGCUCCAAGUUCCCCAUGCCCCACAUGAAUGGCAUGAGCCCCGAGCUGUCCAUGAACGGCCACGCCACCCCCUACGAGCUGCAGCACGCCUUCAGCCGGCCCUCGUCCAAGCAGAACACCCCCCAGUACCCCAACUCCCACCUGGACCAAGACAUCGUGCCCUGCACCCCCAACCACAGCAGCAGGCAGAAGGCAGACAAGGUGACCAGCCUGGCCCUCCCUGAUUACACCAGGUUCUCCCCUGCUAAAAUCGCCCUGCGCAGACACUUGAAUCAGGACCACGGAGUCAAUGGAAAAGCCACAGCUAAUGAGAUCCAGAGAGCUGAGCAUGUCAAAGAGAAUGGCCUUACAUACCCAAGCCCUGGAAUUGCAAAUGGCAUCAAGCUGAGUCCUCAGGAAACUCGGCCCUCCUCCCCCGCGGCCUUACCCAGUGCAGGAGAGAAGGUUUUGAGAGAGAGAAGCUCUGUGAGUAAUGGAGAAACCAUCACCAGCCUCCCUAUCAGUAUUCCUCUGAGCACAGUGCAGCCCAAUAAACUCCCUGUUAGUAUCCCUCUGGCCAGCGUAGUCCUACCUAGCCGUGUUGAGAAGGUGAGAAGCACACCCAGCCCAGUUCACCAGAGCAGAGACUCAUCAACACUUGAAAAGCAGAUUGGUGCUAGUUCUCAUAAUGGCAUAAGCAAUGCUGCUGGAAACAAGCCUCUGGCUUUGGCUACCUCAGGUUUUUCUUACUCUUCUGGCUCCGUGGCAGUCAAUGGAAAUCUUACAAACAGCCCAGCCCAUCUUAACCAUAGUGUUGAUCAGGCAGCUCUGGACGACUCUGGGAGUCUCUUUAACUCUGUAGGGUCUCGGAGUUCCACUCCACAACAUCCUUUGCUAAUGAUGAGGAACUCUGGGCAGAACUCCCCUGCUCAGCAGCACUCGAGCCCCCGCUUAGGUGGCCCGGCCCAGAGCCUGGCAGGGGGACUGCAGAGUGCAGAGGCUCAGAAGAUCUUUGCCGAAGCAACAAAGGGGGACCCGCAGUGUGAUGCAGCCUUUUCAGAUGCCGAGAACGAGGCCAAGAGGAGAAUCAUCUUUACAAUCUCUCCUAAUACAGGACAUGUAAAACAAUCCCCUUGCAGCAAGCACAGCCCCGUGGCAGGCAGCUGCCAGGCCCACGGGCAGGACGGGAAGAAGCGGGGCCGGCGGAAGAGAUCGAACCCGGGCAGUGCCAGCGGCAACGGCGCCGUCUCCCCGAAGCGCAAAGCGCUGCCCUCGCUGGCCGGGCUCUUCACACAGCCCUCGGGGUCACCCCUCAACAUCAACUCCAUGGUCAAUAACAUUAACCAGCCCUUAGAAAUAACAGCCAUUUCCUCUCCUGAAAACUCCCUGAAGAACUCUCCUGUUCCUUACCAGGACAAUGACCAGCCCCCAGUGCUGAAAAAAGAGAAGCCCCUCGUUCAGAGCAACGGUGUCCAUUACUCCCCCCUGACAUCGGAUGACGAGCAGGGCUCUGAGGAUGAGCACAAUAGCAGCAGAAUUGAGAGGAAAAUUGCAACAAUAUCAUUGGAAAGCAAAUCUCCACAGAAGACUGUUGAAAAUGGUGGCAGCAUAUCGGGGAGGAAACAAGCACAAAGCAACGAGAACAUGAACAGCAGCAAAUGGAAAUCGACUUUUUCACCGAUAUCUGACAUCAACCUGACCAAAACCACCGACAGCCCCUUGCAGGCCGUGUCAGCUCUGAGCCAGAACUCCCUGUUUGCCUUCAGGCCUCCCUCCGAGGACGGGCUGCCCAUGGACACCAAGGUGCCAGGACACCCCAGGAAGAGCCUGGCAGUGCCCUCGGACGGGCUGAGCCCUGGCACAAACCCCCCCAAUGGCUUCAGCUACAACGGGGGCCUGUCCUCCGAGCUGGGCCUGCACGGCUUCAUGGACGGCGCCGCUCUCCCUCACAAAGCUGGCGACGGCUCCAACUGCUCCCUGGGCUUCCCCUCGCAGCGAGGCAAGGACCUGGGGGUGUCAGACACCAACCUGUUCCUGAACAAGAGGCAGCUGGAAGCUCUGGGCACCAAGGGAGAAGAGCUGAGCCGGCCGGGGGUGAAGGGCAAGGAGCUGGGCGAGCUGAGCGCCCGAGCCGGGGGGGCUGUGGAGAAAAACUCAGUGCAGCACAACGGGAAGGUCGGCAAGGGAAGGGACCGAGACGUGGAGUUUAAAAACGGCCACAACCUUUUCAUUUCUGCUGCUGUUUCGUCUGGUGGCCUUCUGAAUGGUAAAAGCCUUUCUACUGCUGUUUCCUCAGCAGGGAACCCAGCGCCGUCUGUCCCGACGCACCAUCCCUUCCUCAACACUCUGACCACUGGAUCACAGUUCCCCCUCGGCCCCAUGGCCUUGCAAGCAAACCUCAACUCGGUGACAAAUUCCUCAGUAUUGCAGUCCUUAUUUAAUUCAAUGCCAGCUGCUGCCAGUCUGGUCCACGUGUCAUCAGCUGCAACCAGACUGACUAAUUCUCACACUAUGGGGAACUUCUCUCCUGGGGUUACAGGUGGAACAGUUGGAGGUAUUUUUAACCAUGCGGUGCCUUCUGCCUCCUCUCCUCAUCAGUUUGGAGCCAGUUUCAGCAGCAGUGCUGUCUCUAGCAGCACCGUGCUAAGCUUAAACCCUCUGCAGGCUGUUGCCAGCACCUCAUCCUCAUCCUUCCCACCCUCUUCCUCUAAUUUAGUAACAUCUAGUGAGACUAGACCUGCUCAGCACCUCAACAGAGCUCCAGUGCAAUCUGUCUUCCACCCCCCUCCACCUCCUCCUAACGUGUCCUUGCCUCCCCCUCCUCCUUUACUCGCUUCUAACUCCGAGCCUGCUCUCCUGCAGAACCUGCCCUCCAUCCCUCCUGGCGAGACGUUCCUGCCUUCCUCCUCCUCCUCCUCCUCCUCCUCCUCUUCCUCUGUCCAGUCUAACUCUUCUUUGUCUCUCAAACUGGCUUCUCUCCAGCACAAACCCUCCCGCCCCUCCUUUACCGUGCACCACCCGCCCCUGCCCCGCGUGCUCCCGCAGCCCAACGCCGCUGGCACGGCCGCUAUGUGGGUGACCCUUGGCAUGCAGCCUCCUUAUGCUUCGCACCUUUCGGGGGUUAAGCCACGAUAAAGAGCUUGCUUAGCUAACAGUUCUUGUUUUGUAAGGUAACUAGGAUUUCUACCUCAACCCAAUGUGACCUAUGCAAGGACAACGUGGACCAACUUCACUCGGCUUCCACUGAAAGGUGCUCACCUGGCCUGUGCAGGGGUUUCUACUCUUACUACUGGACAAAAUAAAAACCAUGAAAAAAAGACCUAAACAACAGAGCAAACAUUUACUGUGAAUCUGACUAAAAAAAAAAAGAAAAAAAAGGAAAAAAAGGCAAAAAAAAAGGCAAAAGAAAUGCUUAAAGCUCCAGUUUGUAUUGUUGAUAGUUUAGAUAAAGUAUUUAUCUUUUUUUUAAAGUGAAAACAAUUUUGACUUAUUUUAUUCCACCUAGAUUCAUAAAUACAAGUUAUUAUUAUUAAAUUCUCUGAAUACUAAAGGACUGGCACACCAGCAGAGAUGUAAAAGAGCCUCCUCGGUGCUAUUUUGUCCGUCAGAACUGUGCCUCUGGUUUGAAUCCUUGGUGCUGAUUUCGGGGGGUUGACCAAUGCCAAACCCAGUUUUUAAAGGUCUGCAGAUUAUUUAUUCCCCUGCCUGUGUUCAUAUCCCAAACUCCUCUUGGUUGGCAGCCAGGGCUGACAGAGGGAGGAAUUCUCCCCCAGGGUUUGGUUCAGACUGAGCCAGGCCCUUUUUACCUGGGUGGGUUUUAAUUGAGUUUGUGACUAACGAGGGCUCUGUGGAGCAGCCUGGGCAGGCACAGCUGGAACAGGAGGAAUCCAAGUCCUGCCCCAUCCCAGCUCCUUCCCUGGUGCUGCUGGGUCACUGUGAAUUUUGGUAGCUGGUCUGGUAACGCUUUUUGGGGCUGGCCUUGGUGUUUGAGCAGGUGCUGGUGCUGUGCCAGCUCUGGGAAGGUUGAACAUUGAACAUUGUGUUUGUGUCCUGUGCAGGCUGCAGACUUUGCUCAGCUCGUUGUUCUUUCCUUCCAAGCACAACAGGUUUCCUUGGUAGGGAUUUGAUACUUGACAAGGUGCAUUUUGCUUUUGUGUUCCUUUGCUUUUCAGUAGGUUUUUGAAUGGUAGUUCACAAAAACACCCCGAGCUGAGCCUGCGCUGUCCCUGUCCCCCUGCGUCGUCACUCGGUGCCGUGUGUGCAGGAAGGGCUGAUUUUAUAGAGCUGUGCUGAAAACUUCUGAGUUUUUAUGCUUUGUUUCCUUUGGUUUUAGUUUGUACAAUGCACAAUGAACCUGUAAAAAACUUAUUUAUUCAAGUGCACAAAGUGAGGAGGAGAAGGAGGAUUCAUUGAAGUAGAAAUCAGCCUGGUCUGAGUUCAGGCUGGGCCAAGCACCAAUUAAAAAUAUCACAGUAGAAAGGGGAUUGCAACAGCAAAAUGACUGGAAAAAAAAAAUCACAUUCAGGCUUUGGAAAACACUUCCCUGGUGCUCAGAGGCUUUAAAUCCCUUCUAAUGCUACCUGGUGAUCUCCCACUGCAGCAUCAGGCACUGCAGGAGCCCCUUGGAGCCCCCAGGGCCACAGAGCUGCUCUGGGUUUGGGGUCAGUGGGGUCCCUGUGCCCUCCUGGGCUCUCCUGGUGCCCAGCAGGGUUGGGGGUGCUGGAGGGGCUCAGGGGCUGCAGCAGCUCCUCCCUGUGCAGGUUCAGCUCUGAGCCCCACCCUGGGCACUCCUGGGGAGGUUUAGGACCAGGUGCAGUCCUAGGGAAGGUUUAGGACCAGGUGCAGCUGUCCUGUGUUUUCCUGGCUGUGUCUUCCAUGGCAGCCUCUGGCUCUGGCUUUGCCUCCUCAUCCUCUGCCCUGGGAGUUGGGGGCAUUUUGGGAUUUCUGCUUUGUGUCCUGCUGAGGGUCUGGCAGCUCGAGGAGAGCCUGGGGAAGGGCAGGAAUGCUCAGGGGGUGAGAGGAACAUCAGUAGCUUCUCGUAGGAGCCAAAGACAGUGAAUGUCCUGGAAUCCAGGAGCGCAGUAACCCAGGUGUUGUGCAGCUGGGAGUUGGGCAGCUCCAGCUGCUGCCCCAGCACCCAGCAGUGCUGGGGCCUCUGGAGACUGCAAAUGAGUGAUUGCUGGAGGGGCAGCAGCCUUAAUUAAUUUCCUAAUUACCUCUCCCACAUGGUUUAUAUCUCUGGUGAAAGAGAGAGAGGAGGAAAUUCGAGUAGAAGCUUUUCAGAUCCUUUCCUGCAGAGGGACCAGGAUUUGGUGUCCCUUGGAGCUCUUGUGCCUCCCUUCACCUCCAGCCACAGAGAUCCAGGAAGAAAACUCAGCUGCCAUCCUUGUCCUGGCUUGGGCAGUGCCCAGGGCACUGCCAGGAUUGUGCUGGAGGAGGAACCAGCCCAGAGAUCCCAUGGAAAACAGGCCUGUGUCACCUGUGCCACCUGUGUCACCUGUGCCACCUGUGUCACCUGUGCCACCUGUGUCUCCUGUGUCACCCUCCCUGCGUGCUGAGGAGGGACAGACCCUUUGGGAGUGAUGUGCUCUGCAUCAUCAGAGCUGUCAGAGCUCAGGGUGGCCUGGCCACUGUCACCUCCCAGCUGGGCUCUCUGAUCUGACAGAUCUUUUCCAACCUGAACCCUUCUGUGAUUCCAGGAGCCUUUGGAGCCUUGGGUGAGCAGUUUGUCCCUGGGUGCUGUGGGAAAGCAAAGCCUGGCUGUGCCUCGGUGGCACCUCUGUCACCAGGCAGUGCCCAGGGCAGGCUCAGGAGCAGCCUCAGGAAUGGCAGCACAGCUGGCACUGAGCCUCUGCCACCCCCGGAGCUUUGGCUCUGUGACUCUCCAGAUGUCACCAGGAAGGGGAGCAGAGCCAGCAGUGAAUCUUUGGGGUUCCUGCAAAGGAUCCAGUCUGCCUGAGCCUCAUCCUGCCCUGCCUGUGCAGCUUUGCCUGCUGCCACCCCAGUGCCCUCUGUGCCCACCCUGCCACCCCAGUGCCCUCUGUGCCCCCUCUGGGGGUUCUGGAGCUGCCCAGCCUUGCUGCUGUCCCCAGCCCUGCCCUGUGGCUGCUCCUGGCUGUGAUUCCCAGGCUGUGCUUCCAGCUGGGCCCAGCUCAGCCCUGAGGGAGCCCAGGGGGCACUUUGGGGUUGGUGCCUCAGCUCUGGCUGAGCUGGGAGAUGUUUUUGCCAAGAGAUUCCUGGUUUUGUCUUCCCUCUCCCUGACCUUUCAUUGCUUUGCCAUGAUCUGGGGCAAGCUCAGCUUCAAAUCUUGGACUCACAGAACAUCCUGAGUUGGAAGAGACCUGGAGGCUCCUGGAAUGCAGCUCCUGGCCAGGCUCUCACUGCUCUGUCUGCACUUUGGGAAGAGCUCUCACCUGCCUUGGAUCCGUGUGGCCACAGCUGUGACCCCACUGCUGCAACCCUGAGCCAGGAGCUGGAACCUGUCUGCACUGAUUGAAGAUUUUUGGAGCAAUCAAAGCCAAGCAGUUCCAACAAAGAGAAUUUCUCCUGCUGGGGCUGGGUCCAGCCCUUGUGGGGCUGUCACAACUCCCCCUCCUCCAGGCCCCUGCUGCCAGCAAAGGACUCGCCAGGGAGCAAAAACACAUCUUGGAGCAAAUCUGCUGCCAGAAAAUGGAACUUCCUGAGUGCUGUGCUGAGGAAAACCUGUCCCUGCUGCUGAAUGUCAGCCUUGAGGAACAAGAAUUCUGUGGGCUCUUCCUUUCCUGGGCUUCUGCCACCCCUGUCCCCUGGGAGCCCCAGUGCUGGGAGGGCUCCAGAGGCACUGCACCUAAAUUUGGGAUUUGCUGCAGAUGAGGAAUUCAGCAGCAAUCCUUCUUCCAUCAGCCAGGGCUGUGGGGACGCUCAGCAGCUGGAAUUGCUGAGGAUGGAUCUGAGCUGGUUCAGGGCACAAAGGGAUUGGAGGUUUCCCUCCAGCCCCUCCAGGCUUGGCACAAACGGGGCUGUUCCCUGCAGGGUCAGUCUGGAGCAUCUUCACCUCCCUGCAGCUGUGGCUGCAAUGGGAGAGAGGAGGGAAAGCAGCUCAUCCUCACUGCCCUGGCAUCUCCAGCUCCCUCUGAUCACCAGGAAUUUGUGUCUCCUCAGCCACUCAGAUCAGAAAUUCUUGUGCUUCCAUCUCUUUACCUUCCUUGCUGUUGGCAGCACUUUAUCUUCCAGUGCAGGCUCUGUGCUCCCUCUGCUCCUGGCUGGGCUCUGGGCUCAGCCUGGCACAAGAAAUGGGAUUUCCCCUCAUGGCUGGGAUCAAACUGAGCUUGGAGGGUCUGUCUGGGGUCAGUCCCUGAGGUCCAGGCAGGAGGGUGACAUCCCUUGCUCAUGAAUGGAUUUACUCAUCUCUUCUUGAAUGCAGAGAUUGCAAAUCCCCAGGACUCGUCACUCCUUAGAGUGAAACUCGCCCAGCUCUGGGUCACACUCAGUUCAGCUGAGUCACUUUCUCCUUUCUUUAGUCAAAUUUAAUCUUUGAGGAGUUCAUUUGAGCAGUUGCAGCCUGGGAGGGGAGAGGUUUCCAGUCUGAUCAGCUCUUCCAUCCCACCUGGGAACAGUCCAAUUGUUGCUGCAGGGCUGUGUGGGGCUGUGUCCCUGCCCUCACCCUGGGGACAGAUUUCCUUCUGAGACGUCUGCUGGGGUCACUUCAGCCUUCUUUGGCUUCUUAAAUGACUUUAUUGGUGCUUUCCAAUCUUCCCAAACUGAUUCUGUUCAGACACAUCUGGGAGGAGAUGGGUGAGAGCCUGACCUGCCCCACCUGCAGCUCCUGCACCUUCACCCAUCUCUGUGGGUGCCUCAGUGAAUUCACUGCCCGUGCUCGCUGCUCCCAUCUCAGCCCAGGAGCUGCAUCCUCCUGCUCUGCUGGGCUGCCCCAUCCCAGUCCAGGGCAGGCAGCCCUGCUUGGGUUCUGCUGGGCUUUGGUUCUGCUGGGCUUUGGUUCUGCUGGGCUUUGGUUCUGCUGGGCUUUGGUUCUGCUGGGCUUUGGUUCUGCUGGGGUUGUGUGUUCAGCAUCUGCCACCAUGGAUGUUUGUCCGCUUGGUAGAGAAUCCAGGUGCCAGGGUGGUGACAGGGGGUGGUGACAGGGACAAUCCCAGUGCCAGCAGUGCAGAGCUGCUGGGGACACUCAGCCCUGGCUCAGGGAGGGGACAGGAGGGGGCAGUCAGUGCUUCCAGCUCCUCUGGGUCCCUUUAGAGCCCACCUUGGCACUGGGGAUCUGUGCCCCCUGUGCCCCCUGUGCCCCGAGGAUGCUCUGGCUCCCCUGCCCUGCUCCAGCUCCUCCUGAUGGGACCCCAGUGCUGGGAGCUGCUCUCAGGCUGUUGCUGAUGGGGAUCCCCUCCCUGCCCAGCCCUCCCUGGGCCCUUCCUGCCCCCCUGGGCCCUGCAGGCCCUGCCCAGGGUCCCUGUCCCUGGAGCUGCCGUUCCCCAGGGCUGGGGCUCUGUCACUGGUGCUGAGGUGGCUUUGCUGGGUCACAUCCUGUGUGACCCCUUUGAUUUUGGUGCUGGAAUUCUCCCUCUGCCCCAGGCCCUGGAAACCUGAGGGGUCUCUGUGGGUUUUGUCCUGGGUAACUCCACCCUGGAAUGAUCCCAACUCCCGGGGAAAAUUCUGAUUUUCUUGUUCUGCCUGAGCCCGAAGCACAGAGGGGAUUCAGGGCUGGGAGCAGGGCAGGGCCUUGGACAGGGCUGUGAACCCAAAAAGCUUUUGGGGAGCAGAAACUUCACAGUGUUUUUGUGAACUAUCUUUGCGGCACUGAGGAAAAAUCACAGGAAUUGGAGUUUUGGGAGCACAGAUGUGCAGUCAGUGUAUGAAUAUUUGAAGUCUUACUGGUUUUAAAGGUUUAUUUUCUUUGUUUUUUUUUUUUUUUGCUCCAUUUCCAUUUUCCACUCCAUUUGCGGGUCAGGUUUUCACUAAAAGCAGUUUCAAAAUGUUGUUGUGCCAUAUUUUAUUUAUCCUUCUACAUUAUAAAUAUAUAAAUAUAUAUUUAGACUGAAUAUUGCAUUGAAAGAUGCUGUUAUUGGGAACUUCAGGGUUUAAACCCAAGACAAAAUAAAAUUGGGAAAUAAUUCUCCAGUGUUUUUACUGUUUAGGAUCCUCUUCCUGAAGAGGUUCCUUGAGUUCUUUGUGGUGUAAAAACAAAAUCUCAUCUGAAAAUUCCAAGUUUGACGAUGCUAACCCUGAAGUUCUCAGGUUUGUGAUCCUUUGGUUUUCUUGAGGUACAUCUGGUUGCUUUUCUGGUGCAGUCAAUAAUUUUUUUAAAAGGUUUUGUCUCUGGAGUUAUUGAGGAAAAGGUGGAAUGGGUUGAUCCAUCCUGCUUGGCUUUUUAACCUAUUAAUCUUUGAAGUGAUCGAUUUCCAAUUAAAACCCAACUUUUUAGGUCUCUGUUCUACUUAAACUUCUUAGGAGUGAGAGCCUGCCCUCGCUGAGUGGGACUUGGAUGGGGAAAGCAGUAGAUGAUGAGGUUGCUGUUGCUCAGGAAUUGAUUAGUAAACUUUUAACUACUAAUAAAAAUCCAUUUUUCAAUGGAUUUUUAGAAAAACCCAUUUUCUUAGGACAGUGAUAUGGGAUGUUUCCUAGUGAAUAGGAAUUAGUUUAUAUAGUUUAGCCUAUUAAACUGAAUUAUUUAAAAUUCAAACUUCCCCUAAUUUAUCUCUUUUUUUUUUGGUUUUUUUUUGGUUGGUUUGUUUUUGGAUUUUAUUUUUUUUUUAUACUGGUAAGUUGUUCUGUCAUUCCUUUCAUUCCUGCCUAGCAGUAGUGUGAAUUCUGGUGUGUAUAUAUGUAUGUAUAAUAUAUAUAUUUCCACCCAGCCUUUCUAAUUCUCCACAAUGUAAGAGUUAGUUUUUGCUCCCCUCCCUCCACUUAAUUUCUUGUGUCUCCCUUGAUUUGUAAUUGAAAUGAUGCUUUGAAGUUUUGUCUUUAUAUUAAAGUGUCUGUA